AUGAGUGAAAAUCAAACGCCACCGCCAAAGAAAGCCCACCUUCGAAAAGAAAAGAGGAAAGCACGAGGAAAAAGACAACCUUAUACGGCUAGGAAAGGAAAAAACGUACCAGGUAAACCUAGUCCCCCUAAUGUCGCCACUUGCUCAUGCAAGUACUUUUGUAAAAACUUGACUCAUGACCAAAAACAGUUACUGUUCAUGGAUUUUUACAAAGUUAAUGAACAAAACCAAGGUACCUACUUACUUAACCAUAUGCACCUUGUACCUGUCGGCCGUAGGCGUAAUGGAAAUUACGAUGACCCAGAGGAAAAUAGGCGUUCUUGCAGUUUUAUUUACAGUGUGCCAGAUGGUUCGGGUAAAAAUGUUCAAGUGCGUAGUAAAACAUUUCGUUAG